GGAGAAGCGUGUGUGUCGAUUGUUUUCGACAAUUGCAACCACACUCGCACACUCUAACGUUGGCUCUCGGCACUCUUGAUUUUUCAACGAGGAUACUGGAGACUCGGUGCAAUUGUUUUUUUUUUGGAUUCUAACUAGCCGGAUAAUCGCGUUGUGCUGUGAUUUUAAUUUUUUGUUUUUAUUUGUGGAUUUUUAAGUGGUGACUGAUUUUUUUAAGUGAAAGUGGUGAAAAAUUAGACCGAAAUUAACCAAUUUAAGCCAAGAAUGAUCCAGUACCAAAUUUAAAGAAGACAAAUCAACUUUAUAUAAUACUACACCGAAACUACCUCAAAGAAAAAUAUAAACCAAAACAAACAAAAAAUAACCAUUCAGAAGUGCCCAAAAAACAGAUUCCUAUUUAAAUGCUAAAAAGAUAGCAUUCCGACUUUUCGCACCAAGUGCGCCAUCUACCUCUACAGUCACCAAACGGCCCUACAAUUGGCGUAGAAAUAGCCCCAUCACUUUGCCCAAUGGGGGGCUUCACCUCCCCAGAGCAGCAAUAUUCGCUGCGAUGGAACGACUUUCAUUCUUCUAUAUUGUCUUCGUUUCGCCACCUCAGGGACGAAGAGGAUUUCGUAGACGUCACUUUGGCGUGUGACGGGUGUUCGUUUACCGCCCACAAGGUGGUGCUGUCGGCGUGUAGUCCUUAUUUUAAAAGAUUGUUAAAAGCGAAUCCGUGUCAGCAUCCUAUCGUGAUCCUCAGGGAUGUGCAGGAUAAGGAUAUGGAGAGUUUAUUAAGGUUUAUGUAUAAUGGAGAAGUUCACAUAGGACAAGAAAGGCUUACAGAUUUCAUAAAGACUGCGCAAAUGUUACAAGUCAGAGGAUUAGCUGAUGUAUCUGCAGCUGGCAACGCUGGACAAAGACUGACAACUGCCCCCGAACAAAAAAUAUCACCUACAUCCUCUUCAUUGCCUUGGGCGACGGACAGGCCGGAUGCUCGAAACGCAGACGAUAUUUCUUCGCCACCAAUAAAGAGGGCGCGCAGUUCGGAUCGAAUGGGUACCUACACACCUGACAGGGGGCGCAGCCCUACGAGAGCACCCACCGGCAACGGAGGCCACGAUGCAGAGCCUGGAACGCUACUGGGACAAGCAUUAGAGGGGGGAGUUGGUACACCAAUGAUUAAAAAUAAAAUGAAUUCCGAUUCAUCAAUACAAGCCCAAUCAGCGGGCGAAGACAGCAAUAGCAGCGAUACAGCGAUGAGCGAUCAUGGCGAUGAACCUGCCACCUUAAAGACUGAACCAUCCGACUACCCAUUGCUCGACGAUCAUCACCCAUUUAGUACUAACGGCGGCAUCAUGGAUCCAACGAGAAAUCCCGGAGGUUUUCACAAUGCGCUUUUGGGACUUCAAGGAUUGGGAGGACUAAUGCCAGGACCUUCCGGAAUGCAUAAUAGUCCUGACAGUUUCGUUUCGAGACGAUCCAUGGACAUGUUGCGGGUGCGAGCCACCGAUCCAAGGCCGUGUCCCAAAUGUGGAAAAAUCUACCGAUCUGCACACACCCUACGUACCCAUCUCGAAGAUAAACACACGAUAUGCCCAGGAUACCGGUGCGUUCUAUGUGGCACCGUAGCAAAAUCCCGAAAUUCCCUGCAUUCGCACAUGUCGCGGCAACACCGCGGCAUCAGUACGAAAGAUCUACCCGUCCUUCCAAUGCCAGCGCCUUUUGAUCCAGAGCUUGCCAGUCGAUUAUUGGCCAAAGCCGGCGUCAAAAUAAGUCCAGCGGAACUUCGAGCGAGAGCAUCGCCGACCGGUCCGCGACGAUCGGACGUAAAACUUGACGCCAAAAGCGCUUACUCAGGCGCUGCUUCAGAAGCUGGCAGCUCCAUCUGCGGCGACAACGACCCGGAAGAUCUCACAAUGUCCAACCAAAGGUACGCCGGAUUAGAUUUCGGUCUUUCGCCGCCCAUAAGUCAACAGAACCAUUUUAAAAUGAACCGGUUAGGUCAAGCAGUAGCAGCCAAAAGUUUAGAUUCGCUCCAAAAUCUUUCGAAAGAACCAUACCCAGCACCACUAGCGCCGCCUGUCUCCGGAGCCAACACUACUGGUUCCGCCAUCUUAGAUACGUACAUCCAGCUAAUGAUGUCUACAGAACAAGCAGCGGCUGCUAUGCAGGCUGCUAACUUAGCACAAAUGAACGUCAUGGGAUUAGAGAAAGGUUCGCACCAACAGCUUUUAGAGAAAAUGCAACAAUUGCAGAAUGCUAAUGAAAUAAUGAUGAAAAGAAGUGACGACAUAAGACGUGGUGAAGCGGAAAUGGUAAUAAACCACGACAGAAACAACCAAGACAAACAUCAUGAGGAAGGCGAUUCCUCAGGAGGAGAAGAAGACGACUAUAGUGAAGAAGAAUUAGAAAGGGAAAGCGUUAAAGCGGGUGGGGAGUAGUGAUAGGUUUCUUUAAGUUAAGAUUUAAAGUGUCAGUUAUUGCCGUUGCUCUUGCCAGAAGCGUUUACUGGUUGAAGCAAGUAGGUCUUAAAAGAAGACCAGGGUGGUUCUUAUCCAGUAUGUACUCUGUUAUUCCAUCCAACUACCUCAGUUUGAAUCUCAUUUUUAAGAUAUUUAUCGAGACGUUUGUUUAUUCAUAUACACAUAGCUCUGUGAGCUAAAAAAAUAUAAUGAUCGAACAGUUUCUUGAGAGGAAGUUUUUAAACAGAACCAAAUCAAUUUUGAAGUGAUAUAUAUGUCAGUCAUAAAUACAUUUUGAGCAAUAUUUUUCUCUAUCAAUAACGCUUCUUUUAUAUAAUAAAUCUGUUGAUCUCUUAAUAUUAUAUAAAUCUUGUUAUGAUACAUUUUUAUACGGGUUACAUAAGAGCCAUUAUCUGUAUUUGUUUUAUAAAACUAACGUUUUUAUUACGCCCCCCCUCGUAGUUUAUGAAAACAGUAUUUGGACAUGAUUCUACUAAUCAAGAUGGUAAUGAAAGUUUCACAGUUAUUUUGUGGAAGGCUAUAUUUCACAUGCAAUAAAUAGUUAUAGUUAUAUAUUUUAGAAUAACUAUUUUUACAAUAAAUCUACAAACUCGAAUAUUUUUGCAUCACAAAGAAUAUUUUUUAAGAAUUUCCCUAGAAACUGUUUCAAUCAAAGAUUACCUUGAACAAAUCCAUCCGUCUACCUCAAAUAUAUAGUUAUAUAAUAGUAAAUGAGUGCAAGAUAAUAAGGGUUUCAAAAUGUAUACGGUAUAUUUAGUAUAAAGUAAAAUACAUAAGACUUCGUUGGAGUUAUAUGAUAACUAAAAAAAAUGGAUUUGUUUUUUUUAUGACGUAUAAGGCGAUUUUGUAAUUUUUAAAAGGUCUUUGUUUAUUGCUUUAUUAUAGGAAAGCUUCAUUAUUGAAUUUUCACAGAGAAGUUUUUAAAAUAGUUACUUAAAAAGAAGAAUUCAUAUACAAUAGUACACCUAACAUAAAUAG